CCUCAAGGACCAUUCACACGCCUCUAAAAGUAAGUUGUUCAAGCUCAAACUUCUUCCUUUUUCAUCCUCCAAAUCCACAGUCUGAAUCCACACUCCCUCUCACUCUCUCCCCAUUUCAACCAUGUCAAAUGAAUCCCAAACUAUGUCCCAUGAAGAGCUCAUUGCCUCCAAUACAGCCUUGAAAGCCCAAGUAGAGUACUUGGCUAAAGAGGUAGCCAAGCUUACGAAGAUCAAACUCAACGAGCUACAAGGAAGUGACCGUGAAGAAGAUGCUAGUUCUAGUGGAACCAUGAAGCCUAAGGCCAAUGAAGGUUCUGACUUCAAAGUUGACAUUCCAACUUUUGAAAGGAAGAAUGACCCGGACGAGUUCCUCGAGUGGCUAGAAACAGUGGAACGCGUCUUUGACUUCAAAGAUGUUUCCAACGAAAAGAAGGUCAAGAUAGUGGCCUUAAAGUUCCGGAAGUAUGCAUCGACUUGGUGGACUAAUAUGUGCACCAAGAGGAGAAGAAAUGACAAAGAACCGGUGUCCACAUGAGCGAAGAUGAGGUCCCUUAUACAAAAGAAGUUUUUACCCGCUGAAUAUGUUCGUGAGAAUUUUGCUAAGAUUCAAACGCUUAGGCAAGGUUCUAAGUCCGUUGAAGAAUACAACCGAGAGUUUGAAGAGCUUUUUUUGAGAUGUGACUUGCAAGAAGAUGACGAACAAACCUUUGUUCGUUACCUAUUCGGCUUAAAUCUACAAAUAGCCAAUACGGUGGAGUUGCAAAGUUAUGACUCUCUAGAAGAACUCACGAAGUUGGCCCUCAAAGUUGAAGCUCAACAUAAGAAAUCUAAACCUUUUUU